AUGUCUGCAUCAUGCAUGCCAGUUCCUACACUGGAUCGAUACAUCUACUGUUGUGAACCUGCGACAACCGACCAACAACUACGUGAACACGAACAACACAUCACACCUGCGAACGAACGAACAAAGAACACAUAUACGCCAACAAUGCCAGCUUUCGAAUCCUCCGAUUUGGCUGCUGGAAAGAGACUAAUAUGGCAGAGUGGAGUUAAGAACUUGUCGCACGCCCAUAUUGACAUUUAUGGCGAUUAUUGGGAACGUUUCAAUACGAUGCGCGUCCCAAUUCUGGGCGAAGACCGGUUCCUCGAGAUUGCGCUAGAGUUGGAACAUAUUGCGAAAGAUCUAGAAGAUCUAGAAAGGCUUCUGACAGAAAGAAAGGAACAGUGGGAGAAAGAAGCGAAGCAGUGGCUCAGUGGUAUUGCAAGGAAGUCUUGGACUGGCGGCGAAAGCUUCCAGUGCGAGGAUGCUAGCGAUGCCGCAUAUAGAGCUAGUAUGACUGGUAGUCUGCAACAUCUCUUAGAGCUUCUAAAUGGAGUUGUCCAUGGUUGGGAACCUGACGAGGUGCAAGAUGGAACACUAGAUACUGACAUUGUUAACUCUAAUGCCAACACCCAGGAUGCAUCAGCUGAGGCUGACGAUGAAUCCCAAACCAUGCGCGAAGAGCAAGUCGAUUAUGAGACUUAUAUGCGACAAAAACUUGCUUCCAAAGAUCCUGUCUAUGAACCCACAUACGACGGCAAUGUUCAUAAACCUCCCUUUUUUAAGAGCGACCAGGUGUUGCUAAUAAAACAGCGCUUUGGGAAGCUAAAAGGAAAGAGAUCCCACAGUGGAGAUGGAAAGACGCCACCAUCUGAACAGCCUAGAGGUGCAACCACUAGCAAUCUCGAUAAUCCAUCUCGUUCAAAGAAAAGACCAAGAUUCGAUGAUGAAACCUCCAUUACCAUAACGGAGGAUCUAUCCCAGAAUGCUUCCAGCAGUGCAAUUGACCGUGUCGCAGAUAAAAGCCCAGCGAGAAAGAGAUACAGGCCGGAAGAUGAUGACGCGAUUAAUGGCGGAGAGCGGAAACGUCAAAGGAGGGCAUCAUCUUCUGAACACUCUGUCUCCGUACCACAAGAAGCUGAUGAAAGCAAUGUCAGAAAGACGCCUCGACGGAAUCCCACCAAGGGCAAACAACAGAAGCCUUCGAUUGUACAGACCCCAGCAUCCUCAGAGCCCUCCACAUCUUUCUCAACAGCUACGGAUAUUGUGAUGAACCCCCCCGAAGUCUUUGCGGCGCCCACUCCACGAACCAAUCCCUCAACUCCCAACAAGGUUACAAGGCAACGGCAAAGUGUCUACAUAUCUACGAACAUGGUCGUUAUCCUGGCAGGGCUGGGUGCAGCGGCGAAGUUCAACCACUCAGCGUCUGGAGACUUUAAGAGCAUGGUCGUUAUCCUGGCAGGGCCGGGUGCAGCGGCGUAG